AUGACGCAAAACUUCGCCGUCACCGACUCCGCCGCCUCCACCUCCUCCCUCGUCGACGUCGACAUGCCGAGCGUACACACCGUCCCCAACGACUUCCUCGAGCAGGAGAUCCAGACCGAGACCCAGGCCGACCGCCGCGACCGCGAGGAGAAGGCCCGCGCCGAGGCCGACCUAGCCAAGAAGAAGGCCGCCAGCAAGGCCCGCAGGGCCGACUCCUGGCUGAAGCGCCAGUUCGCCAGCCUCAGCGACGGCAGCGCCAGCGCCCUCGUCGUCUCCAACCUCGUCGGCGUCGUCGGCCUGAGCGCGUUCCUCGGAUACAAGGCGUGGGGUCUCUACGAGCGCGGCCGUCUGUCGUGGCAGAGCGUCGGCCUCGGCCUGGGUAUCUUGGGUGUUGUCGGUCUUGGCGAGGGCGUUCUUGGAAACUACCUUUACAAGACCAAGGGCAAGAAAUGA